GAGAUGACAUGACAACUUCGUUCUGUAAAAAAGUGUCGCUAUUGUUUCUUUCUCUCGUUUUUAGUUGAAAACAAUAAUUAUUGGGUUUCCAAUGGCUAUUCCAGAUUAUAAACUAAGUGCUGUAUUGUGUGGGCACUCAAUGGAUGUGCGAUGUGUAGCCACAUCAAAAGAAUACUGUAUAUUGUCUGCUUCCCGUGAUAGAACUGCAAAACUAUGGCACCCGGAAGGAGUAAAAGAUUACAGAAACGUAGUAACUUACAAAGGGCACAAAAACUUUGUUUCUUGUGUUUGUUGGUUACCCCCCUGUGAGGCUUUUCCUGAUGGUUUAGUUGUAACUGGAAGCAAUGACAACACUAUACUGGGGUACAACCUGCAGGACGCCACUGUACAGAUCACACUGGAGAGUCAUGAGAAUGCAGUCUGCUUUGUAGCUCCCGGUAGAGACUCUGGCAUACUUCUAAGCUCCAGUUGGGAUAGCACAGCUAAAGUAUGGAACAUCAACAACCCGAGCAGCAUUCCCGUCACCCUCAAGGGCCAUCAGGCAGCCGUAUGGGCAAUAGUAGAGCUCAACAGCGGACUCUAUGCUACAGCUUCUGCUGAUAAGACUAUCAUGCUGUGGAAUAAAGAUGGCAGCCAAGUGAAGGCUCUUACAGGCCACACAGACUGCGUGCGAGGGCUGGCCGUGGCGAGUCCGGAGACAUUCCUCAGUGUCUCCAACGAUGCUUCCAUCAGACUCUGGACCAACAAGGGGGAGUGUCUUAACACCUACUACGGGCAUACUAACUACAUUUACAGUAUCAGCAUGAACCCGUCAGUGGACCCGUCGUGCUUCGCGACGUCCGGCGAGGACGGCGCCGUGCGGGUGUGGAGCCGCGGCGAGUGCCUGCGAGCCGUGCCCGUGCCCGCACAGAGCGUGUGGGCCGUGCAGUGUCUGGAGAACGGGGACAUCGUCACUGGCUCAUCGGACGGCAUAGUGCGUGUGUUCACGGCGGACCCGGCGCGCUUCGCCGACGCCGCCACGCUCGCCGCCUAUGAAGAGGAAGUGGAGAAGGUGCAGGCCGCUUCCAAGCAGGAGAUCGGCGGGUUCAAACUUACUGAAUUACCAGGCCCCGAGGUCCUGCUAGAACCGGGCAAGUCCGACGGCCAGACCAAGCUGGUGCGGCGCGGCACCAACGUGAAGUGCUACUCGUGGUCGGCGGCGGAGCACAAGUGGAACGAGAUCGGUGACGUCAUGGGAUCUAACCCGGCCAGUGAGGGGAAGACUAUGUAUCAGGGACAGGAGUACGACUUCGUGUUCAGCGUGGACAUCAAGGACGGGGCGCCUCCCAUCAAGCUGCCGUUCAACAAGACGCAGGACCCGUGGGUGGCUGCGCAAGCCUUCAUACACCAACACGAUCUUCCUCAAGUGUACUUGGAGCAAGUGGCCAACUUCAUAAUAACAAACGCCAAACUGGACACCACGCAAACUACUCCCGCUAGCAAUGGUUUCGCGGACCCGUUCACUGGCGAGUCUCGUUACGUGCCCGGCUCGGCACCGCCCCGCGCCGCGCCCGCCGCCGACCCUUUCACUGGCAGCAACGCGUAUACCACUGCCGCGCAUAGCGACGCACUGGCUAACAAACUGAUACCGCAUGAUCAGUAUAUACGCUUCGAUCAGGCGAACCUGAAGGCGAUAUUCGACAAGCUGAAGGAGUUCAACGGCAAGCUGGGCGACGGCAGCGCCGCGCUUAGUGAAGCGCAACUAGAGAACAUCGUCAAGUUGGGAGAACUGAAUAGUACUCACAGUUCGGAAACGUUAGCCUUAUUGAAGAAAAUUCUCGAAUGGCCAAAAGAAAUCCUCUUCCCAGUGUUGGAUGUGACUCGACUAGCGGUUCGGAAUAAGGAAAUUAACAGCGCUCUGUUCGACACAACGAACGGACCCGCAUUUAUACAAUACCUACUCUCGUUUCUUACUCCCGACAACAUACCCGCCAACCAGAUGCUAGCGAUGCGUGUGCUAGUGAACGCGUUCUCGGCGCUCGCCGGGGAGAUGCUCGUAUUAGCUGCGCAUGAGAGCAUACUACAUGCGCUGCUGUGUCUGAACGCGCUCAGUAAUAACGCACAGAUCGCAGCCACGUCCCUUCUGCUGAAUUUGUCGGUCGCUCUCGCGCAACAACAAGACACUUCAGAUCUAGCUGACUGUAUUGUGCAGCUACUGAAUAGAACCACGGAUGAUGAGGCUUACUUCAGAGGCCUAGUAGCGCUGGGCACACUACUUGCGGAAUCUCCCAACAAGCUGCAGAUCCAGGCGAAGUUGAUAUCCAACGUGCAACUCAACAACCGAGUGAAGAAGGACGCAGCUGAACAAGAUACCAGGAAGAUAGCUGUCUGCAGUCGCGAGAUACUGCGCCUGUUAUGAGCUAUAUGCCGUGGAGAUGAAGACUAAGGGGUAGCAUCAUGUCUUGUAGCGAUGGACGGGGAUUCAAUAAAGUGCCACUGACAGAUUUCUCAAUGGUCAGAUAAAAGUUGUUUGGGAAAAAAUCUUAUGCUGCCUCGUCUCAAUGUUUGUAAUAGACUGUGAGAGAAACAAUUUUAUUCCUCAGAUAACAUUUAUCUGACUAUUGAAAAGGCGGCCCAAAAUUCAAAAUUUAUCUGUAUAAGGAGGCAUAAGUUCCUUUCACUGUAGCUUAAAUGCCGAAAAUAUUAAUACAAGUUACGUUUAGUACCAUUUGUUUUGUUUUCGGAUAGCGUCGCUAUAAGAUUUGUUGGUAUAUGACCCUGUGACUGUAAAAUAACAACUUCAGUGGGAAAGGCGGUCGCUAAGUUUAACACGGUUUGUUUCCAUUGGCAAGAAACGGUUUUCAUACAAAUUCAAUACAACCGAAAUAAAUUCACAGUUGUUACGUCACAUAGAUACGAUAAUGAUAAAUGGGAACUAACCGUUUAGGCUUUGAGAAUACUCAAAACGGAUCAUUAUCACCUAUGAACAUGCAUGUGUUUAAUUACUUUUUCCAAGACUGGACUGCGGCUGUGGAAACUCACAAAUACAGCACAUGUGAUUAUGUAAGGUUAGAAAGCGUUUUAUUUGUUUUGGCUUUUUAUUUGUAAUAAAGUUUGUACCGUUUUAUAGUGUGUGCCUUUAGGUCAACGGAUAGUCACCGCCAAAACUAUGCUUGCUUUUGAACCACUAUAAUCUUGAUACGGUAUGAAAUGCCAACGACUGAAAUAAAUAUUAUGUAUUAACUUAUAAAGCAUGCUGUUUAGUAUGUUAGUAAAUGCAAUAAAAACCGACACGUUUAAUUUUAUCAGAUGAUGUCCUCACAAAUGUUAUACAUGUUUCCCAAGAAUUUUAUUCUGAAAGUAUUACUUAAAUGCUGAAUCCAUUGAUCUAUUUCAACAUGAUUACUUUAUGUAAUUAAAAGUGCUGUAUUGCAAUAAAAAAAUAUAUUUAAAAUAA